AUGGUCUAUAAGGAUCAUCUCACAAAGUUUGUCAUAUUAAGAGCCCUGAAAACAAAACGCGCUGAGGAAAUAGCGUACAAUUUACUGGAUAUUUUUACACUGAUUGGUGCACCAGCCAUCUUACAAUCGGACAACCGUCGAGAAUUCGCAACCCGAGUGGUCAGUAAUCUUAAAAUAUACUGUCCGAACUUAAAAAUUGUACAUGGCAAGCCUAGACAUUCCCAAAGUCAAGAGAGUGUCGAACGAGCUAACCAGAACAUUGAAAACAUGCUUACAACUUGGAUGCAAGAUAACGAUAGCGAACGAAUCAAAAGAAUACCUUAUGAAGCUCUUUUUGGAUCGAAAAUAAAAGUUGGCAUAUCUUUGUCUUUUGAGGAUACUCACAACCUGGAGAGCGAAGAAGAUUUAGAAAAAGUGAUGAAGUCAUCUUCAGAAUCUGUAAUAGAUGCGGCUGAGACAUCAGAAACUGAAACAGCUGACACUCAACCUCUACAGGCACCAGAUCAACAAAACGCUGCACUCGAUAGUUUUAACAUCGGUAAGGAACAUCGGUAA